CUGGGGCUGGGCCCCGAGGGAUAUGAGAAUAGAGGGCUGGGUGGAUGGCGAUGCUGUCGCUGACGAAGGUAGCAGUGGUGAGAAACCAGCUCCUCUAGGUGUGUAUGUGCGUCCCAGAAGAGGAGACUAGACAGGUACUCGGGGCCAGCUGUAAGAGUGAGCAGGAGAAACAGGAACGUCUGGAAACCCAACGGGAGAAGCAGAAGGAACUCAUACUGCAGCUCAAAACCCAGCUCGAUGACCUGGAAACGUUCGCCUAUCAAGAAGGCAGCUACGACUCCCUGCCGCAGUCUGUGGUCUUGGAAAGACAGCGGGUGAUCAUAGACGAGUUAAUAAAGAAACUGGACAUGAAUCUGAAUGGGGACCUCAGUUCACUGUCCACUGAGGAGCUUCGGCAGCGUGUGGAUGCAGCUGUGGCUCAAAUCGUCAACCCAGCCCGAGUGAAAGAACAGUUGGUUGAGCAGCUGAAAACUCAGAUCCGAGACCUCGAGAUGUUCAUCAGCUUCAUCCAAGAUGAAGUCGGAAGCCCAUUACAGACAGAUAGUGGACACUGUGAGUGCAAGGCCAGUGGGAAGACAGGAAAUGGCUCCACCAGGACUGGCAGCAGCAAACUGCCUCCAGGAAACAGCAAAACGAAGGCAGAGGACGUGAAGAGAGUUCGGGAGACAGGGCUGCACCUGAUGCGGCGAGCGCUGGCAGUGCUCCAGAUCUUUGCCGUCAGCCAGUUUGGUUGUGCCACAGGCCAGAUCCCACAGACCCUGUGGCAGCGGGGCCAGACUGACAGGGACUACUCUCCCUUACUGAAGAGGCUGGAGGUGUCGGUAGACAGGGUGAAGCAGCUCGCCUUGAGGCACCAGCCACACGACCACAUCGUCAGCUCUGCCAACCUCCAGGACCUCUCUCUGGGAGGGAGGGAUGAGCUGACCAUGGCUGUGCGGAAGGAGCUGACAGUGGCCGUGAGGGACCUGCUGGCCCACGGGCUGUACGCCUCCUCACCAGGGAUGAGCCUGGUCAUGGCCCCCAUUGCCUGCUUGCUGCCAGCCUUCUCCUCGGCCCCCGAGGCCAUGCACCCCUGGGAGCUCUUCGUAAAGUACUACCAUGCCAAGAACGGCCGUGCCUACGUGGAAUCCCCGGCCCGGAAGCUCUCACAAUCCUUUGCCCUGCCGGUUAUGGGAGGCACUGUUGUGACCCCCAAGCAGAGCCUGCUGACAGCCAUCCACAUGGUGCUGACAGAGCACGACCCUUUUAAGCGCAGUGCAGACUCGGAGUUGAAGGCCUUGGUGUGCAUGGCCCUCAAUGAGCAGCGUCUCGUGUCCUGGGUGAACCUCAUCUGCAAGUCGGGGUCGCUCAUCGAGCCCCACUACCAGCCCUGGAGCUACAUGGCACACACAGGCUUCGAGAGCGCCCUCAACCUGCUCAGCCGCCUCAGCAGCCUCAAAUUCAGCCUCCCUGUAGACCUGGCUGUGCGCCAGCUCAAGAACAUCAAAGACGCCUUUUGAUGAGAAUGCCUUGGCCCUCAGCCAGCGCCUUGCUCAGGAGGGGUGGGUGGUUAGUCUUCUAGGAGCAGCGCAGCAGGAGGAGGAGGGGAUAAGACAUUUCCCCUGGCCAAAUGACUGCAAAGUCUGUUUGCCCCAUCAGCGUAGCAGCUCAGAAAGAUAUGCUGGGGACCCUCUUGUUAACACGUUGAUUGCCCACUGUGGAUCCGGUGCCUCUGAGGAAACACAACUGUCACCCAGAUUUGGGUGACGUGGUGAUCAACGUGUUAAAAGGUUCUGCCCUGGCGUGUAACCACAGUGCACAUGUGGGUGCGUCCAUUUGAGCUUGUGUAAAAGAAAUCAUCAAGGCACACAAUUAACACUAACUCAUUGCGCCACAUCUGAUUUUUAGAAAACCCGGUUGCUCUAACCGUUAUUUUCGUGGUGGUGAGUGACAGCAUGAAUUAGUCGUUUGUCCUGGAAGACAUUCAACCUGAGGCUUCCGUUAGUCCAGUUGGGUGCCAUGUUCCUUCACCCGAGGCAGGUUGAAAGUCCUGGGUCAGAAUGUAAAAUUCUUUUUCUGAGGACUGAUGCCCUUUUCUUCCUGACCCCAAUGUCAGGGGAGGCUUUGUAUGCUCUAUAGCUGCCUCUAAAGCCGGGAGUGGGAAUAUCUGAGAAGAGCGUUUCUAAGGGUGUUAAUCACAAGUUGAUUUUAAUAUGAGCCCUUUUUCAUGUAGAGGGAAGAACUGAAAUCUGUCCCUAACGAGGUGGGCCUUUCCUCAUGGUGCAGAUGAUGGUCUUUUGGUUUUGGAGCUGGUGGUUUACGGGGACAACCGCCGUCUGGCAAGUAACCUUUCUCUGCACACCUCCCAGAUGCAGACCCAGUCCCCUCAGAAGUGUGUGUGUCAGAGGUGUACUGUACUCUUUGAGAGAAUCCUGGCCACCCAAGUCCAGAAUGGAUGGGAACACAUGUUGGUGACCUGCAGCAGCUCCUCCUGGGGUUGUGACUCCACUUGUCCUGGGGGCUAGAUGAUGGAGGAGGUCUGAUCAUGUGACAGGUACUACAGCCAGAAUCAGAACUGUGGCAGAUCCCUGCUGACAGAUCAGGGGCUGAGCAUUUCAUUGUAAAACUGAGUCUCAGUUGGUCCUAUUUGGUCUGUUUUUGCCCUUUUAGUUAAUAUUUGCCACUCAGCUUGCAUACUGCUCUGGGACUAACCAAAGAUGAGCAAAAUGUAUCACCUCCUGGAAAACCAAAUGGGUUCUCAACACUACUGAUCCAGCAUUGUUUCAUGUACUACAUUGCCAACUGCACUUUGUGUCUGCACUAUAACGUAGUGCGUUUUAACUUAAUUUUUCAGUAACAUUAUUUAAGAUAUAUUAUUGAUAAUUGGAAUUAGUCCUUCUUCACAUGAAAUAGAAUAAGUGUAAAAUGUGAAAAAUGAUAAAUCUGUGGUUGCUAAUAAAAUCAUUGUAUUUUGUGA